AUGGACAGAGAGCAGGAAGAUCUUCAAUUUCUGGGGUUCUUUGGGAUCAUCAAAGAGUCCUUCAAAAUCAUAUUUUCAUGGCGGAAAAUCUUCAGCCAAAUCACUCUGGCUCUCAUCCUCCCUCUCUCAUUCAUCUUCCUUGCUCACAUCCAAAUAUCCCAGCUCCUCUUCUUCAAAAUUGUGGACAACGAAGACAGCUUGGAUCACACCCAGAAGAACACUCCCAAAUACGCCAAGCUCACCGAUGUUGUCUCCUCCGAGUGGGCUGCCUUAUGGGUCUUCAAAGCCGCCUACUUUACCUUCCUUCUCAUACUCUCCCUCCUCUCCACCUCUGCCGUUGUUUACACAAUCGCCUCCAUCUACACCGCCAAAGAAAUCACCUUCAAGAAGGUCUUGAGCGUCGUCCCAAAGGUUUGGAAAAGGCUUUUCAUCACUUUUAUUUGCAGUUUUGCCAUUGUUCUGGUCUAUAACAUUGUUGCAGGAGCUUUACUCAUCUCCUGGGCAGCUUUUGUUGGAUUUAGGCCAAUUGGGGCUACAAUUUUUGUACUUUUUUUGAUCAUUUACUUAAUUGGGUUUGUUUAUAUAAGCAUCGUUUGGCAUUUGGCAAGCGUGGUUUCUGUGUUAGAAGAUGUGUACGGAUUCAAAGCCAUGGUUAAGAGCAAGGCCUUGAUAAAGGGAAAGAUGGGGAUUGCAGUUGGUUUCUUUAUUCUGCUGUCUCUUUGCUUCAUAGGAAUCGAAGUUGUUUUUGAGAAUUUUGUUGUGCUGGGGAUGGAACGAGGUGCAGGAGUUAGAGUUUCGGUCGGAAUUCUCUGCUUUUUGUUUCUGUUCAAGGUGAUUCUCUUUGGUCUUGUUGUCCAAACAGUCAUCUACUUCGUCUGCAAAUCAUAUCACCAUGAAAACAUCGAUAAGUCUUCUCUAGCGGAUCAUCUUGAGGUUUAUCUUGGGGAAUAUGUUCCUCUGAAGGCUAAGGAUCUCCAACUGGGGGAGUUUCAUGUGUAG